AUGCUCAGUCGAGGCGGAAGUUCUCAGUAGUGGACGUUUCACGGCAGUGCUGUAUUUGCGUUUCGUUGAAUUUUUUAGGAACACCAGGCUGCAAUGGACCUUCAGCAUUAGCCGCUGUGCAAACUGUAAAUCGGAAUCGGAAGUGAGAGGCUGUAACGUUCGAGAGACGUUCGAAAAUCCUGCAGAAUGAUGCGAUUCAUGCUGCUGUUCAGUCGGCAGGGGAAGCUGCGGCUGCAGAAAUGGUACACGGCCACAGCGGAGCGAGACAAAAAGAAGAUGGUCAGGGAGCUGAUGCAGAUAGUUCUUGCCCGCAAACCAAAGAUGUGCAGUUUUCUUGAAUGGAGGGACCUUAAGAUUGUCUAUAAAAGGUAUGCCAGCCUAUAUUUUUGUUGUGCUAUUGAAGAGCAGGACAAUGAGCUGAUUACACUGGAGAUCAUCCACCGCUUUGUAGAGCUGCUGGAUAAAUACUUUGGCAGUGUGUGUGAGCUGGACAUAAUCUUUAACUUUGAGAAGGCUUACUUCAUUUUAGACGAGUUCCUGAUGGGAGGAGAGAUCCAGGACACAUCCAAGAAGAGCGUGCUCAAAGCCAUCGAACAAGCUGAUCUACUGCAGGAGGAGGAUGAGUCUCCCAGGAGUGUAUUGGAGGAGAUGGGCUUGGCGUAGUCCCAGUGAAACUGUAAGAAGUUUGAGACAAAAGGAAGGAGAAGGCAGGACAGUUUGGACUCUGGGAUCCUAGAGCAACAUUUUCUCUGGGGAUAAGACUCAGUGGAUCCUUGCAUUGGACUGGCCCUUUGGCUCUCUUUUUGUUUGUGUGCGUGUGUGUGUGCGUGUGUGUGUGUGUCUGCAUUAUCUAAGUGUGGGAUAAUGGUAAUGGGCUAUAUUUAACUUUUAUGUGCCUGGAGGAGCAGUGCAUGUUCUGAUUGUUACAGAUGUGACAUAGUUGAAGCUUCGCUGUGAUUUUAGUCAUACUGAGGCAGGCUAGCAGGCUGAUGUAAAGCGCUUGUCAAACAAGCAAAGCCAGGCCUGGAUGUAGGCCUGCCGAUCACAACUGAAUGUGAACGAGGACCAGGUCAGAACAUAGAAGGACUGCGUGAGGUCACAGGUUUUAUAAGUGUGUCCAGAACCAGGUUUAUUCCAGGCAGGUCAGAUGAAAACAAAUCAUUCUUAACUCUUGACCUAAAAUUAUGGCUGUAAAGACUGAGUUCUUGUUGGCGUAUUCGUGUUCAAGCCUUGUGCCUCCAGCUAUCUCCAUGACAACGGACAUUAAACAUGCUCAGAACCGACUCAGGACUGAGGCUAGAGGUUUGUUCCGAUUAGUUUUCUGUCUUCAUUCAAAUUGUUCCUUAAUCUAGAAUUGCUGAUUAACUGUCAGACUUGUUUAUUCGAUGCUUCUCGAUAGUUGAAGAUUCCACUUUGUUUAUGUAAUCUCACCAAAAACUAAAAUGAUAAACUUCAACAAUGAAAAUGAACCCAAGACAUUCAGUCAUUUCUUGACCCAUUAGCUUGAGUUGACUGCAGUACCAAACCAAAAUGGAGAUGUGAGAGAGGUACAUAUCUUCUCUGGAUGUUGGUUCUGGGUUUUAAUGCUACAGUGGGGUAACUAUUACAAAAAAUAUGUUAUUUAAAGGGGAUGUAUUAUGCAAAUUUCACCUUUUGCAUGUUUUUGUACUUCCAUUUAUGUUUCUACUGCUUCUAAGUCCAAAUGCUUAAAAAAACACCCCGGCAAUAAGUUGGUGUUUUUUUGGUGUCUGGAAAAUGAGACUUUUCUAAAACCUUCAGAAUGGAACAUCACAAAUUAGCAGGCACUGCCCCUGACCUAUCAACCCCAUCAUAGCCCAGCCCGUCACCUAGCAACCAAAGCUGAGCUCCAGCUCCUUUGGUCAGCUGGUUUUACUGCUUAUAUACUCUGUACAGCAGCUGCUGGAAAAGACGAGUUUUGUUUUUGACUAAUCACUUAGAAACUCCUGCUGCUGCGUUCUUGUUGGUUGUGCAGGACGCUCUUCUUCUGCUUGUAUAAGUGCACAUCUGUUUGCAGCCAAUUUUACAUUUUGUUGGAGGGCGUGAUUUUGUGCAAAAAACAUAAUGAACCUUCUUUGUAUAGACUCAACCUGUUUAAGGAAACAUAAUAGGUAACUUAAAUAUUUGUUAAAAAUGUCUCUGGCAUAACAGUAUAAUAUGAGAGGUAAUCUGGAAAACCCCCCAGCUCCUCUGCCUUCUCCCAGUUGUAACUGCAGAAAUAUGCUGCUUUCUCAAAAAGAGCCAAUCAAAGUCAGGAGGAGGGUCGUAAGCGCUGUCAAUCAUGCUCGUGGAAGCGCUGCUCACUCCUUCCCCCUUUGUCUCUGCUAUGCUACAGCUUCUUCCUGACAGUAGUUAGCAUGGACACUGCUGACUGCAGAUAAACACUUACUGGAAAGGUAAGCCAGUAGCACAUUUAGCAGCACGUACACAAUCUUGACUGACAGCACUAACAGCCUGCACCUGGCACUCAAUGGUUGCAUCUGUUUUAGUAGCUCACAGUAGCUUCUGUAAAGCACUGACGUUUCCUGAGACAGCAGUGGGUGCGCCCCCUGCUGGCUGCUCGGCGUUCCUGUAUGAACCCAGGUUGGCUUGUCUCAGAACAGCCCAGAAGAAGAAAGCUGCCUUUUCUGCCAAGUCCAGCUUCGCCUCAGUUGGAUGAACUCUGGACCAUAUUACCGCUCUAAAAUUUUACAGCUAACAAAUUGAUUUGGAGAAAAGUUGACAUGCAGUGUAAUGUUAGACAACGUGGACCUGGUAAAACCUGACGAAUCAUUUUGGUUACCAGCUGGAGAGAAUGUGACGUUCUGUCUAAUUCUGAAAAGAGCUGUUAGCGAGGGAGGUUUAUUACCGACGGCGCUCUUAGCUACGGUGAGUUAAAGCUGCUAACGACUCAUAAGUACUCUAACUGAAAAAUGUGGAUUAAACAGGUUCAACACUAAGCAACCGCCAAUAGUGCAACAUUCACGCCCUCUUGUGGUGGAAAAGAGUUGUCACAGUUUGAAUUGCAACUCCUUGGUGGUUCAGUGGCAUAAAUGCAUUACUAACAAUUGUAUGGCAUUGUUUCUGGUUGCUAACUUGGGAUUUUUUUUUAUAAUAAAGUCAUUGGACCAAAGUCUGUUGUUUCAGAAACCUCUUCAAGUGUAUUAGGUGAUUUGUCUGCCUGAUUUUAAUAUACUUUAUUUUUAGCCAACUUCCUUCAUACCAUAUUACAUUUGAGGUUUUUGGUUUUUACCACAAUGAAAGUGACUUGUAAAUGUGAAAGUUGUUAUGCAUAUCCAGAUAGGAAGCCACAGCCCUCUUGCCAAGAUGGCUUACCUGUGACAGGUACAACUAUUGCUCAUCCUUUAAAUCUUAGUAAAUAUGUUCAGUUUGUUAUUUACCAUUUUGUGUUUGAUUCCAAACCCCUAAUAACAUCAAAACUUUACACAGAGAACUGACCCAUAUAGAGAGGUGGGAAGUAACUAGUUACAUUUACUCAAUUGCAUUUACUAUUGAGGAACUUUUUUUGAGAAUAAAAUACUUUUAGGGGUAACUUUACUGCACUACUUUUUACUCGAGGGAAAUUUCUGAAUCCUCGACCAAGUUAUUUGAAAAAAAAAAUAUUUUAAUGCUAUUUUCUACCUACUGGGGCCAUUCAGCACUCGAAUUAUUUUACUAUGUUCAAGCAUACAGCAUACUGUUUCAUAGUUUUUUUGUUUGCUCAAAAAUAAAAUUGGGAAAAUGA